CUCCUUCUUCUUCUCUCCUCGCUCUCAAAAUGGCGGCCGCGACGGCCGUUGAGUGAGAGACUCGGGAGGAGGGGGGACAGGCCCGGGAGGGCGCUGCCCUCGCUCCCCUCCUCCCUGGCCCGGGCUCCGGGGGUGCCAGGGCCUCCGCGGCUCCACCCGUGGCCCUCCGGGAAAGGGAUCGCCCUCCUCCCUCGGUGACUUAGCAAGAAAAGUAUUCUUGGGUAGAAAGGGCGUGGAGAGCAGGUCGCUCUAUGAUCUUGGGGAAAGGAUUCGGCCCUUCUCUCCACCGGCGCGGAAGGCGAGCUCCGCAGUCCCCACCCCACCCGCGGUUGGCGCUAAGGAACCGGGCUCCGCUCGGAGCCGCCUCGGCACCCACAGGCCUUGAGGCGUUCUGUCCCCCACCUGUCCUUAGGAUGGGGUUGACCCGAGAAUGAUGGCCCAGCCCAUCCCUGGCCCCCCUGUGCGGUGGUCGAGCCUCUGCACCCAUUAAGGAGGAGCGGCCCGACCCACCGAACCAUCUGCAACAUCCACCCACCAAAUCCGGCAGGAUUUUCUUUUCUGCCACCGGCUCCUUAAACGGGAGUUGCCUUUUGACGUUGUAACCCUGAGCUUCGAGGCCCUCAGCCAUUCUCCUUCAUCUAAUCUAAUCUCUCCACUCAUAUAGGAAGCGCAGUGCCUUCCUUAGCCUCGCAGGUGGAAUGAACCUUACUUGUUGAAUAUCUCCUGGUUACUAGUUGGAUUCACUUGUGAAAGAAUCAUUUUCCCCUGCGUUGAAGCCACUUAGUGGCAUAUUUAAGUAUAAGUCCAGGCAUCGCAAAGAUUUUGAUUUCCCGAAGGAGGGACAUACCACUAUAUCGAAUAAGCUUGACGUUACAGCCAAAAUGGUGCUGUCCCAGAGACAACGAGAUGAACUAAAUCGAGCUAUAGCAGAUUAUCUUCGUUCAAAUGGCUAUGAAGAAGCAUAUUCAGUUUUUAAAAAGGAAGCUGAAUUAGAUAUGAAUGAAGAAUUAGAUAAGAAAUAUGCUGGUCUUUUGGAAAAAAAAUGGACAUCUGUUAUUAGAUUACAAAAGAAGGUUAUGGAAUUAGAAUCAAAACUAAAUGAAGCGAAAGAAGAAUUUACGUCGGGUGGACCUCUUGGUCAAAAACGAGACCCAAAAGAAUGGAUUCCCCGUCCACCAGAAAAAUAUGCGUUGAGUGGUCAUAGGAGUCCAGUUACUCGAGUCAUUUUCCAUCCUGUGUUCAGUGUUAUGGUCUCUGCUUCAGAGGAUGCUACAAUUAAGGUGUGGGAUUAUGAGACUGGAGAUUUUGAAAGAACUCUUAAGGGGCAUACAGACUCUGUACAGGAUAUAUCAUUUGACCACAGUGGCAAGCUUCUGGCUUCAUGUUCUGCAGAUAUGACCAUUAAACUAUGGGAUUUUCAGGGCUUUGAAUGCAUCAGAACCAUGCAUGGCCAUGACCACAAUGUUUCUUCAGUAGCCAUCAUGCCCAAUGGAGAUCAUAUAGUGUCUGCCUCAAGGGAUAAAACUAUAAAAAUGUGGGAAGUGCAAACUGGCUACUGUGUGAAGACAUUCACAGGACACAGAGAGUGGGUACGUAUGGUGCGGCCAAAUCAGGAUGGCACGCUGAUAGCCAGCUGUUCCAAUGACCAGACUGUGCGCGUAUGGGUCGUAGCAACAAAGGAAUGCAAGGCUGAGCUUCGAGAACAUGAGCAUGUGGUAGAAUGCAUUUCCUGGGCUCCAGAAAGCUCAUAUUCUUCCAUCUCUGAAGCAACAGGAUCUGAGACUAAAAAAAGCGGCAAGCCUGGGCCAUUCUUACUGUCUGGAUCCAGAGAUAAGACUAUUAAGAUGUGGGACGUCAGUACUGGCAUGUGCCUUAUGACCCUUGUGGGUCAUGAUAACUGGGUACGUGGAGUUCUGUUCCAUUCUGGGGGGAAGUUUAUUUUGAGUUGCGCUGAUGACAAGACCCUGCGUGUGUGGGAUUACAAGAACAAGCGAUGCAUGAAGACCCUCAAUGCGCAUGAACACUUUGUUACCUCCUUGGAUUUCCAUAAGACGGCACCAUAUGUGGUUACUGGCAGUGUAGAUCAAACAGUAAAGGUGUGGGAGUGCCGUUGAUUGAGUCUCAUUUGGCCCCUCCUCCCUUUUUUCCUCUGGAUGCACUCUGAUGAUACCAUGGUUACCCCAUUGAGCUCUGUUUAAAUAAAUAUUGUCCUUUCAUGUAAAUUA